GAGAGAGUUCAUAUUCAGGCCCCCAUGUCGGUGAAGCCGAGGAUUUCUUCCUCACAGCUGACUCCCCCGAUGCAUCCAGGGAUGAAGCAGGCACUUCAGAUGAAGCUUUUUCCAUCCGCCUGUGCCAGAUUAUUAAGGUAAAUCAUGAAGGAAGAAAUUGCUGCCACAGUUGUCUUCAUCACGAUGCUGGUGAAGAAACACAGGAAGCUGAGCAAGCAGAAAAUAGAAAAGUUUGCCGCCAAACUGACGACUGUAUUAUUUGCAAGGUAUAAAACACACUGGUAUCCAGAAAAUCCAUCAAAGGGACAAGCUUUUCGAUGCAUAAGAAUAAAUAAGUGUCAGUCGAUAGACUGUGUCUUGGAGGAAGCCUGUGCAGAAAGUGAGGUGGACUUUGAGGAUCUUGGACUGCCGAAGGAAAUGACCAUAUGGGUGGAUCCAUUUGAAGUGUGCUGCAGAUAUGGUGAGAAGAAUAGCCCAUUCACAAUUGCAAGCUUUAUGGGCAAAGAAGAUUGUAAUGUGUCAAAGAGAAUUAGCACUGCUGUAGAUAAAGCCAACUCUGACUAUCACUCUGGGACCUCUUCAGAUGAAGAGCCUUCUAUAAAGGAACCAAAAGCCAUUCCUACAGUGAGCAAUCCCAACAGUAUCUACCAGGCACACACAAAGUGUACGGACUACAGUCAGCCUAUGCAAACUUGGUCCCAGUUUCCUCGGAGAAAGAAUUACCCAAAUGAUGGGUAUCGCCAGCACCAGACUGCAGGCUACUAUCCUCAGCACAGAGCUUAUAAACCUUACCGACAAUCUGCUGCAUUUGCAGGUCCUCGCGUUGACCGGUUUCACUGGGUAAACACAAGACGCUGACAGUCAUGUUUUAGAAAAUAAUCCUCUGCACUUUUAUACAAUGUUUUUAUGAAAACAGAUUAUUUAUAUUUUUAUGUUU